UUGAGCCCCAGCAAAGUCUUGCUCUUCAGUGCUGCGAUCUCGGUCGAGAAACCAUAAGAACACCGAAAAACUAGAAAAAGCUUCAAUCUUUGAUUGCAAUUUCAUCAAUGAGCUUGUCGUGAUUAGCCUGGCUGGAUACACCAUGGAAUUCAUCAAAACUUCAAGAAUGAGCCCGCGGACACGUUUCAGAUUUGGCCUUUGCGCGGUGAUCGUUGCGGUUCUCUGCGUACAUCUAUCUUCGUAUUCAGUUUCUGCAGCGAAUAGUAAACCUAAAAACGUGCAGGUGGCUCUCAGGGCCAAGUGGCCUGGCACCUCCAUACUUCUGGAAGCAGGGGAAUUGCUAUCAAAGGAAUGGAAAGGUCUUUACUGGGACUUCAUUGACAUGUGGCUUCAUUCUGCUGAUGGAGACACUGAUUGUAAAUCUGCCCAAGAUUGUGUAAAGAAAAUUGGAAAAUAUGGGAAAUCAUUUUUAAGUGAAUCCCUGGCAUCGGUGUUUGAAUUAUCUCUUACACUUCGAUCAGCAUCUCCUACAAUAGUGCUAUAUCGACAGUUAGCAGAAGAAUCUCUUUCUUCAUUUCCUCUGGUUGAUGAUAUCAGCUCAGACUCCACAAGUGAGGAACUUUCUGAGCCAAGUGAAAUCACAGAAACCAAAAAGGCUGAACCUUUCCUUUCAGGUGUGGAUCAACAAAGUCGUAAGGAUAAAUGCUGUUGGGUUGAUACUGGUGGGUCUCUGUUUUUUGAUGUCCCAGAGUUACUAUUGUGGCUUAAAAGCCCAAAAGCAGUAGCUGGUGAUACAUUUCAGCAGCCUGAGCUAUUUGAAUUUGAUCAUGUCCAUCCUGAUUCAAGUAUAGGAAAUCCCAUCACUAUAUUGUAUGGAUCUCUUGGGACUGAAUGCUUUAAAGAAUUUCAUCAUAUAUUGGUGAAUGCUGCCAGAGAGGGGAAAGCUUACUAUGUUGUUAGACCUGUAUUACCCUCAGGCUGUGAAUCAAAGAGUGGUCCUUGUGGGUCUGUUGGCACAAGAGACUCUUUAAACUUGGGUGGCUAUGGUGUGGAACUUGCUUUGAAGAACAUGGAAUAUAAAGCUAUGGAUGACAGCACAGUGAAGAAAGGGGUCAUUCUUGAAGAUCCUCAAACUGAAGAUCUUAGCCAAGAAGUCAGGGGAUUUAUAUUUUCAAGGAUUCUGGAACGUAAGCCAGAGUUAAAAUCUGAAAUCAUGGCUUUCAGGGAUUAUCUUCUGUCAUCAGCAAUUUCUGAUACACUAGAUGUCUGGGAACUUAAAGACUUGGGACAUCAAACUGCACAGAGAAUUGUUCAUGCUGCUGAUCCUUUGCUGACCAUGCAAGGAAUUAACCAAAACUUUCCUAGUGUGGUCUCUUCUUUAUCACGAAUGAAGCUCAAUGAGUCAAUCAAGGAUGAAAUUAUUGAAAACCAGCGAAUGAUCCCUCCGGGGAAGUCAUUAAUGGCCUUAAAUGGUGCCUUAAUCAAUAUUGAAGAUAUUGACCUCUAUUUGCUGAUUGAAAUGGCUCAUCAGGAGUUAUCGUUAGCUGAUCAAUACUCAAAAUUGAAGAUUCCUCCAACCACUGUGAAGAAACUUCUUUCUACACUACCCCCUUCAGAUGGAAGCUCACUCCGUGUUGAUUUUCGCUCUGACCAUGUUCAUUAUCUAAAUAAUUUGGAGGCUGAUGCAAUGUAUCGACGUUGGCGAAGUAACAUUAAUGAGAUCCUGAUGCCUGUCUUCCCUGGACAAAUGCGUUACAUCCGGAAAAACAUAUUCCAUGCAGUUUAUGUACUAGAUCCUUCAUCCACUCAUGGACUUGAGACCAUUGAUAUGAUUAUUUCUCUAUUUGAGAAUCACAUGCCAAUAAGGUUUGGUGUUAUAUUAUACUCUGCAAAGUUGAUCAAUGAAAUUGAAUCAAAUGAUGGUGAACUUCUCUUUUCUCAAGGGAAAGAUGAUAGUCAAAGUCAGGAAGAUAUUUCCAGUCUGAUUAUACGACUUUUCAUCUAUUUGAAGGAAAAUCAUGGUGCUGCAACAGCUUUCCAGUUUUUGAGCAACAUUAACAAAUUGCGAGUAGAGUCAGGUGCUGAAGAUGCUCCUGAAAUGGACCAUGUUGAGGGGGCAUUCAUUGAAACUGUUUUACCACAAGCAAAAUCACCACCACAAGAUACUUUACUGAAACUGCAAAAGGAGAAUACUUUCAAAGAAGUUUCUCGAGAAAGUUCCAUGUUUGCCCUUAAGCUGGGGUUAUCCAAGCUCCAGUGUUCCCUUUUGAUGAAUGGCCUUGUUAAUGAACCCACUGAGGAUGCUCUUAUGAAUGCCAUGAACGAUGAGCUGCCUAGAAUACAGGAACAAGUUUAUUAUGGACAUAUAGGUUCUCACACAGAUAUUCUGGAGAAAUUCCUGUCAGAAAGUGGUGUUCAGCGCUAUAAUCCUCUGAUAAUAUCUGAUGGGAAGGCCAAACCAAAAUUUGUAUCUCUUUCUGCUGCAACUCUUGAAAAGGAAUCAGUGCUAAAUGACAUCAGCUACUUGCACUCUCCAGAAACCAUUGAUGAUUUAAAGCCUGUGACUCAUCUGCUUGCUGUCAAUAUCACAUCAAAGAAAGGGAUAAGGUUGCUUCGUGAAGGAAUCCGUUAUCUGAUGGAAGGUACUAAAAAUGGACGCCUUGGUGUGUUAUUUAGUGCUACUCAGGAUACUCAUUGGCCAAGCAUCCUUUUUAUGAAAGUCUUCAAAAUUACUGCGUCAUCAUAUAGCCACAAGAAAAGAGUGUUGGAGUUUCUGGAUCAACUUUGCUCAUUCUAUGAGCGUGAAUAUAUUAACUUACCUACUCUAGUUACUGAAAACAAUCAAGCGUUUAUUGAUAAGGUAUUUGAAAUGGCAAGUGCAAAAGGAUUGCCUUCUAAAGGCUAUGAAUCUGCUCUCUCAGGUUUUACGGAUGACAACAUUAAGACAUACUUGUCUAAGGUGGCUAAAUUUUUGUAUAGGCAAGUCGGGCUUGAAUCUGGUGGUGCUGUUGUCAUUACAAAUGGAAGGGUGGUUCACGUUGUCGAGGGCACUACAUUCUUAAGCCAUGAUUUGCAGCUUCUAGAAUCUCUGGAAUUUAAGCAAAGGAUAAAACACAUUGUGGAAAUUGUUGAAGAAGUAAAGUGGGAAGAUGUGGACCCAGACAUGUUAACAAGUAAAUUCAUCAGUGACAUCAUCAUGUCCAUCUCAUCCUCAAUUGCUACACGGGAACGAACUUCUGAAGGUGCUCGUUUUGAGCUUUUGUCAGCAACAUACAGUGCUGUUGUCUUGGAAAAUGAAAAUGCUACCAUUCAUAUCGAUGCUGUUAUUGAUCCUCUGAGUCCCUCUGGUCAAAAGCUGGCUUCUCUUCUUUAUCUACUGUCAAAGUCUGUUCAUCCAAGUAUGAGGCUUGUACUGAAUCCAAUGAGUUCUCUUGUUGAUCUUCCACUGAAGAAUUACUACAGAUAUGUAGCCCCAACAAUGGAUGACUUUAGCAGAACAGAUUUCGCAGUGUAUGGUCCACAAGCAUUUUUUGCAAAUAUGCCACCAUCGAAGACACUAACUAUGAAUCUUGAUGUACCUGAGCCAUGGCUUAUUGAGCCUGUCGUUGCUGUCCACGACCUGGACAAUAUAUUGCUUGAAAACCUCGGGGAGACCAGGACACUGCAAGCCGUGUAUGAACUUGAAGCUCUUGUUCUAACAGGUCAUUGCUCCGAGAAGGAUCACGAUCCUCCCCGAGGUCUUCAGCUGAUCCUUGGAACCAAAAGCACUCCGCACUUGGUUGAUACACUUGUCAUGGCCAAUUUGGGUUACUGGCAAAUGAAAGUCUCUCCCGGAGUUUGGUACCUCCAGCUUGCUCCAGGCAGAAGCUCAGAGCUUUACAUCAUGAAACAGGAUGGUGAUGGAGGUCAGAACACGAUUCUGUCAAAGCGUAUAACGAUAAAUGAUUUACGAGGUAAACUAGUUCACUUGGAAGUGGUGAAGAAAAAAGGAAAGGAACAUGAGAAUUUGCUAGUACCCACGGAUUCAGAUAGCCAUUCACGAGCGAGUAAGAAGGGAAAUCGGAACAGUUGGAAUUCCAAUUUUCUUAAAUGGGCUUCUGGUUUCAUUGGUGGCAGUGACCAGUCAAAAAAGACUGAAAGCGCACCAGAGCUGGGAAGAGGUACUCGUCAUGGCAAAACAAUCAAUAUAUUUUCUGUUGCUUCUGGGCACUUAUAUGAACGCUUCCUAAAAAUUAUGAUAUUGAGUGUUUUGAAGAACACAAAUCGGCCAGUAAAGUUCUGGUUUAUAAAGAACUAUCUCUCUCCACAAUUCAAGGAUGUGAUUCCUCACAUGGCACGGGAAUAUGGUUUUGAGUAUGAAUUAAUCACCUACAAAUGGCCUACAUGGUUACAUAAGCAAAAAGAGAAACAGAGAAUUAUCUGGGCGUACAAAAUUCUCUUUCUCGAUGUCAUUUUCCCCCUUGCUCUGGAGAAGGUUAUAUUUGUCGAUGCAGAUCAGAUUGUCAGAGCAGACAUGGGCGAACUGUAUGACAUGGAUUUGAAAGGGCGACCUCUUGCAUAUACGCCUUUCUGUGAUAACAACAAAGAUAUGGAUGGCUAUCGGUUUUGGAAACAAGGUUUCUGGAAGGACCAUUUGAGGGGAAGACCAUAUCAUAUCAGUGCUCUGUAUGUUGUUGAUCUGCUAAAAUUCCGAGAGACUGCUGCUGGAGAUAACUUGAGAGUAUUCUACGAAACCCUAAGCAAGGAUCCGAACAGUCUAUCUAAUUUGGAUCAGGAUCUCCCCAAUUAUGCCCAGCACACCGUACCCAUCUUUUCACUCCCCCAAGAAUGGCUAUGGUGUGAGUCAUGGUGUGGCAACACGACUAAACCUAAAGCAAAGACCAUCGAUCUCUGCAACAAUCCCAUGACAAAGGAGCCGAAGCUUCAGGGUGCGAAAAGGAUAGUUGCAGAGUGGCCAGAGCUCGACUUGGAAGCAAGAACCUUUACCGCAAAAAUCUUAGGUGAAGAUAUCUCCCCUCAAGAACAACCACCAGCACCACCUGUUCAACCCGCUAAAACAGUUGACGAAGAUUUGGAAUCAAAGGCCGAAUUGUGAAGGCCCUUUACAAGCAUUCCUCAGACCUGUCAGAUCAUGUUGCGUUUCGCUUGGGGCUGCUUCUGCAACAUUAACUACACUACAAACGUAGAGAUAGAACUUGACGCUUUUCUUGUGUCAUACAAAAUCACGAAACCAUUUUUGCUGCUGACCCCUCUGGGAAUAAUAUCAGAGCAAUUUUAGCAUCAAGUACUGCUAGCUCUAGGACAUUACUUGUAGGAAAGCAGUUUGGGGAGUUCCAUAGAAUUGCUGAGGCUUUAGUCCACAUUCAGUCAAUCUGUACAAUUUUGAUACCUUUGAAUUUUAAGGCUAUCUUUCUCUUCACAUUUUGAAAAUAUAAUGCAAAUCAAGUAUUAAGCAUUGAACUAAGAAA